CGCUGCCCAGCAGCAGGGACCCCUGGCAGCCACACCACCCGGACCCCGUGGGACAUGAGAGCGGUCGCCCCUGGCAGUGCUGCCGCCCAACAGCCCCCAGCGAGCUGGCCGAGGAGGCUCCGGGCAGCCACCAAGAGAUUGAGGGCCACCCACCCGUCCAUCUCCACCAUCUACUUCCUGUUCACCAUCUUUGUGGUAUCCACUGUUUUCCACUGCCACCAGCGCCUGGCUCUGGUGCCGGCUCCCUGGGCAUAUUCCGCCCGUGUGGUCGUGGUCCCCCAACACCUACCCCGGGAGGGCAUGUGGACCAUCAACGCCAUGGGCCGCCUGGGGAACCAGAUGGGCGAGUACGCCACGCUGUACGCCCUGGCCAAGGAGAACGGGCGGCCCGCCUACAUCCCGGCCCAGAUGCACAGCACGCUGGCCCCCAUCUUCCGCAUCAGCCUCCCGGUGCUGCACAGCAGCACGGCCAGCAGGGUCCCCUGGCAGAACUACCACCUCAACGACUGGAUGGAGGAGCGCUACCGCCACAUCCCCGCGCCCUACGUGCGCCUCACGGGCUACCCCUGCUCCUGGACCUUCUACCACCACCUGCACCCCGAGAUCCUGCGGGAGUUCACGCUGCACGACCACGUGCGGGAAGAGGCCCAGGCCUUCCUGCGGGGGCUGCGGGUGAACGGCAGCCGGCCGAGCACCUUCGUGGGGGUGCACGUGCGCCGGGGCGACUACGUGCGCGUCAUGCCUCAGGUGUGGAAGGGCGUGGUGGCCGACCGCGGCUACCUGGAGCAGGCGCUGGGCUGGUUCCGGGCCCGCUACCGCUCCCCGGUGUUCGUGGUCACCAGCAACGGCAUGGCCUGGUGCCGGGAGAACAUGGACGCCUCCCGCGGGGACGUGGUGUUCGCGGGCAAUGGCCUCGAGGGCUCGCCGGCCAAGGACUUUGCGCUGCUCACGCAGUGUAACCACACCGUCAUGACCAUCGGCACCUUCGGGAUCUGGGCCGCCUACCUGGCCGGCGGGGACACCGUCUACCUGGCCAACUACACCGCGCCCGAUUCACCCUUCCGCCUGGUCUUUAAGCCCGAGGCCGCCUUCCUGCCAGAGUGGGUCGGCAUCACCGCCAACCUGGGGCGGGCCUUGUGGAGUGGCCUCUAGCGCCGUGUGCUCCCUCCCUGCUCCUCACGCCCCACGGGAGCAGCGCAUGGACCCAGAGUCCACGUGGAGUCUGAAUGCAGACUUACCUACCUGUAGCCGAGGGACCUGCGACAAGUGACUUAACUUCUCUGUGCCUUCGUUUGCUGCCUGAAAAUAAACAUCGUUCAGAACUGACCUCAGCGGCGACUGGGGGA